AUGCACAUUACCAAGGACAUUGACACUAUUUUUCAUCGAUCUUUGGAAGGCCUCACUGGAGAUGACCACAGCCCUGAAUCACGACGCGAUUUUCCCAUGUCUCAAUCCUCAGGUUGUAGAAACGGCACCGAUGCUACAGUUUGCCACAUUUUCGAACGCAUCGCCAGCCAAUUCCCCGAAUCUGUAGCUGCCGAAGAUGGAGGACGAAAUAUCACCUAUGGAGAGCUUCACUACGCUUCAAAUCAUCUUGCAAAUCACCUUAGUCAGAUUGGCAUCCAAUCAGGCCAAAAGAUUGUAAUAAUUUCGAAUCGCUCCUUGGAGAUGAUCGUGGCUUUGCUUGGAAUCAUGAAGAGCGGCGCUUGCGUCGUUCCAAUAGACUUUGAGACCUGGAGCCAAGAUCGCAUUCAGACGACUUUAGAGACAACGCAGUGUCGAUAUGCCAUAUCUACCAAAUGUAUUGAGAUACCUAAUCAGGAACUCAUUUUGUUCCAGGAAGGUGACCUUCAGCACGUACUGGACAAUAGAAGGGAUCAGCCAGCUUCUUUCUCAACCCGUGGAUUUCAACUGCCCUCAGCAGACGAUUUGGCUUACACAAUCUUCACUUCUGGAACUACCUCAAAGCCCAAGGGGGUCAUGGUUCCCCACAGUGCCAUCGCUCAUUACGUUCAGCAAGUCAGUGACGAAGCACCCUUCAACCUGAACGUUCAAGCGUCGAGCAGAGUACUGCUGGUCUUCUCAGUAGCAUUUGACGCUUGCCUUGGUGUCGUGCUGUCCACAAUUUGCAACGGCGGUACGCUGAUUUUGGCUACGUCAAUGAAUUUUGCAACUGUGGCUACAACAUGCACUAUACUGCCAUUAACGCCCACUAUCCUUUCAACUCUGAGACCAGGAGCUGAGUACGAUUCGAUAAAGUCAAUAUUCCUUGGUGGGGAAAGUCCAUCGCCAAACUUGCUUCGACCUUGGCUCAACGGUGAGAGACGUAUAUUCAAUUGCUACGGUCCUACGGAAACGACAUGUACGUCACUCAUUAAGGAGGUAUUGCCGGACGAGCCAAAUCACCUGCGUUAUACUGUUGCGGGAUCCUCCGUAGUGUUGCUGGAUGGCAACCUGAGGGAGGUUUCCGAAGGCGAGAUAGCUAUCAGUGGGCCUGGCCUAGCGGUGGGUUACUUCAACAACCAGGCAUUGACGGCCGAGAAGUUCAUUGUCUAUAAAGGUGUGCGCCACUAUUUGACAGGGGACUACGGUCGAAAAACAUCCUUUGGUAUCGACUUCCUAGGCCGAAAGGAUCGUGUGGUCAAGAACCGAGGGUUUCUUAUUAACCUUGAAGCUGAAGUGGAGGCUGUAAUUACUAAUAUGAAGUUAGCCAAUUCUGCUGCAGCUCUCAUGCACGAAGGUCGGCUCAUUAUGUUCGUCACUCCGGAAACUAUAGACGUUUCUUCGUUGCGCUCUCGCCUCUUGGAAAUCAGGGAUUCUUUCCUCGUGCCGGAUAGAAUAUAUGCGAUCUGUUCAUUCCCAAUAACAUCGAAUGGAAAGGUGGACCUGGCAUCACUCCGUCAACUUUUGCAAGAGGAGAAAUUUACAGGAGUUGCAACACAUCAGUCUAGCCCUUCAUCUAAUCUCUAUGUGGUUCUGGAGGGGUUCAGCAAAGUUUUGGGGUUACCACCGUCUGCUUUAUGCGGCAGCUCCUCAUUCUUAGACAACGGAGGCAACUCUUUAUCGGCCGUAAGCCUUGCUUCUCAUUUACGAGAACGUGGCCUAUCGAUAACAGUCCGUGAAAUUUUCGAAUCGGAUACUGCGCAGCGUAUCUGUGAUACUUUAUCCGCCACAAUACUGUCAACUAGCGACUCGGAGGAAGCAGAUCUGGAAAGUCUUCGAGAAAAUGUCGUCCGCGCCGGUUACCCACUCACACCUCGAAUGGAGGUGGCAUAUAUGACUGCAAUUCAAGUCAACAUGAUCCAAUCAACAAUAAAGAUGCCAUCCAUGAACUACAUUCAGCUUUCAAUAACGUUCGACUUGUCGUCAGGAUUGUUCAAACCCGAAGUUUUCCGACGCGCAUGGGAAAUUAUUGUUCAGAGACACUCCAUUCUUCGCGCGACUUUCAUACCUGCUUUAGAAGCUACAGUGAUAGCAGCGGAUCCAACUAUGGACUGGAGGGAACAGUUGGUUGACAGUUCGGAGUGGGACUCCGCUGUCGCUGACGCACGAGAAAAGAUACUGUGUUCCAUGGCGCCCCUAGACGCCGAGUAUUUGAAGCCCCGCAGCAUAUUCAGACUCAUAACCGAACCUAAAUCACGAACAGAAUUCAUUUGGACGAUUCAUCACAGUCUUGUAGAUGGUUGGUCGAUCGCUGUUAUUAUGCGGGAUUUGCAGUGCAUCCUAUCUCAAGAAGAGCUGCCAAAGGUGGCUCAGUUCACGUCAGUCGCCACUGUCCAAAAAGCACUUGCCCAACGAAGUCUGUCUCGCGGGAAGCAGCAGUCCUGGGAAGAAAAGAUGCAAAAUUAUAUCCCGGCACCAAGACUCAGAUUACCAAAGCCACAGGGUUGGGCAAGAGCAGCUCGAGCUGAAAGACGUCAACUUCUGGGCGUGCAUCGAAGUCAAGUCCAGCGAUUCGUGCAAGAAUACAGAGUAUCUGAUGCUUCAAUUUUCCUUGCAUCUUGGGCACUGGUUCUUUCCAAAUAUCUGAGCACAGAUCGUGUCCUGUUUGGUGUCGUCCUAUCAGGACGAAAUCUUCCAAUGGCAGCCGUGGAUCAAGUUGUCGGACCACUGCUGGAUACUGUGCCAUUCCCAGUGAAUACGACAUCCACACAAAGCACAGCCGAAUUCUUGCGUACAAUACAUGGCACACUUCAUGAAAUGAACGAAUCCCCUUGGGAGAUGAAACUCCAAAAAUCAAGCAUGGGGCCGGAAUCGUUGGAGACCUUGGUUGCGUUGCAGUACGACCUGCCAGACUCGACCUGGAACGUAGACCCUAAAACCUGGCCCUCACCGCAAUCAAUGAAACACAACGAAACCACGGAGCUGCCCCUUCACAUUCUUAUAGAUAUGCAGAAUGGAGGCGACCUUGAGGCUCGGUAUCUCUACGAUUGUUCUCACUUCGAAGCUGCAAUGAUUGACCAAAUGCUGAGCCACUUCAGCAACAUGCUCAAGGCGAUACUUAUGCAUCCCACAGUCGAAUUAGUCAAGUCCUCUAUGAUGAACCAACUGGAAAUCAAUGACUUACUUUAUUCCUCUCCUCAUAUGCACGACGCAUAUGACGGACCUCAGAGUCUAAAACAGGCUUUCGAAGAGGUCGUCGAUACUUGGCCUGAUGCAAUCGCGGUAGAAAGUGUUUCUGAUUCAAUUUCUUACAAGGAGCUGGACCACAGAAGUAGCGCCAUAUCAAAUGCUCUACUCCCAUUGGUAGGUCCGGGCCAGAUUGUUGGGAUCCUCAGUGACGGGUCGGUAAGUUGGAUCACAGCAAUCCUGGCCGUACUCAAAGCUGGAGCUGCAUAUUGCCCCAUCGAUAUUGCGUUGCCAGAAGAACGUAUCAAAGUCAUGUUACGAGAAAGUCGGUGCUCUCUCUUGCUAUGUACAACAGAGGAUUUGUGUGAGCUUUGGGCGAACCACAGUGACCUGACCUGCUUCUCAAUCGGAAGACUGUUGUCUGAAACCCUACAAACCCCAGAAAGGUUACCAGAAAGAUGUUCGCCUCAUGAUCCAGCCGCUGUCAUCUUUACAUCGGGAAGCACCGGCGUGCCAAAAGGAAUCCUGCUUGAACACAUUGGCAUCCUCUCCCUGCUCGACUUUCCAAAUGCCAGGUUGCGUUCUGGUCCCGGGCGAAGGAAUGCGCAAUUUCUGUCUUUAGGAUUUGACUGCUGUGUCAAUGAGGUCUUCGCAACUCUUUGUUAUGGGGCAACCCUGGUACUCCGCGACCCGCUAGAUCCGGUACAGCAUAUCAAAAGGGUGCAUGCCACGAUGUGCACUCCUUCGUUCCUGGCCACUCUAGACGUCAAUGACUUUCCUAAUUUAGAAUUGAUUGCGCUAGCUGGCGAACCAGUUCCCCAGAAGUUGGUCGAUACAUGGGGGCACAAUCGGGUUCUACUCAACGUGUAUUCACCAUCAGAGUGCACUAUCUCAACUGUCUAUCCCCAGUUAUACCCUGGUGUACAAGUGACCCUCGGUUCUCCGGUACCCAGACAGGCAAUCUACAUCCUGGACAAGGAUCUGAACCCUGUUCCAGUCGGUGUUCCAGGCGAGAUUUGUAUCUCCGGGAUCCAAGUUACCAGGGGCUAUCUUAACCGACCGGAAGAAACACUAGUAAAAUUCUUGCCCAAUCCAUUUCAGAAGGGAUGGAGACUGUAUCGAUCGGGAGAUCUUGGACGGCUAACAAAUUCGCAUGAGAUCGAAUACAUAGGUCGCAUCGAUAACCAGGUGAAGGUACGUGGCUUUAGAAUUGAACUCGAGGAAAUCGAAUCGACAAUCGCCGCUCUAAAUCCAGAAGUCCGUCAAGCCGCUGUCAUCGUUGUGAAUGAUGUCUUGAUCGGGUUUGUCACCCCAAGUUCGCUGGACACUCUGGCCAUUCAAGCUAUCAUUUCCAGGCAUCUCCCUAGCUACUGUCGGCCUUCCUAUUUUGUCGCACUUGACAAUAUGCCCAUGAGCUCAAACCAGAAGAUCGACCGAAAGAAACUUGUCUCGAUGAAGGCUGAGCGCAACCACUUUACAAAAGUACCGAUCGAAGGUACCACGGAAAGGAUUAUCCAAGAGAUAUGGAAGGAUCUCAUCCCGGAACUUGGUGAAGUGAGUGCCUUGGACAAUUUUCUCCAGAUAGGCGGCCACUCUCUAUUACAAGCAAGACUUACUCGACAAUUGGGCAUGGCUCUAGGAAACCGGAUUCCACUGCGAAUAGUGAUACAGAAUCCUGUUCUCCGAGACUUAGCUUUGGCCAUCGAUAAGCACAUCCUGGAUGGUGGUUCUGAGGAUAUUUCCCGUGGUCAACCGGAGCAAAAUACUGUUCUUUCACACCUCGAGGAAGAAAUGUACACUGUUCAUAUGCUCUCAUCGGAGCCGUCGGCGUGGAACAUUCCCUACAUUGCACGCCUCACUGGUCCAUUGAAUCUCGCCGCUUUUGAGGCUAGCUGGAACAAUAUUAUACGCUCAAAUUCGAUACUGCGAGCCAGAUAUCAAAUAAAAGAUGGAAUCCUCACGAGAUCGAUAUCAACUUCUAUAUCACCAGUAACCAGACGAUACUGUAAGGUUACAGAUGACGCGCUUCUUGACAUCGUCAAUCGAGCCUUUGACUUGGCCAACGAUCAGCCGAUCCGCCUGGACCUGUGUCUGGAUCGGCCGACAAUGAGUUAUGUUGUUCUUAACAUGUCUCAUAUGAUCGGGGACAGAUCUACUAUGGGAGAAAUAUUGCGCCUACUUGAAGAGGAAUACGCACAAAUGAUCUUGAAUGACAAUUUCAACCUCCAUGAACCUCUUUCCGAGUCUCUUCCUUAUUCCGUAUGGACAGCAAUGCGACGAAAGCGCGAAGUUGACGCCGGCCUCACUCAUGUUUUGCAAAAGAGUCUCAACCCAUCACUCAUAAAUCCACCUCUCUUCGGGACAUUCAAACAAGAACUGGCGUGUAGCGCUCACCGCGAUAAACGGAUUGAAGGUGAUCUUUUCUCGUCGCUCAAAAAUCUUCGCGGCAGAUUCAAAGCAAGUGGUCAUCAAUUAGCGAUAGCUGCUGUCGGCCUGACAUUACAUCGAUUGAGUCACCGAGAGGACUUUAUUAUUGCGGCUCCCAUCGAGGAUAGGACAGAGGCAGGAACCGAGAACAUGUUUGGCCUCUUUCUUGACAGGCUACUCAUUCCCUUGAGAUUCAAUCUUCAUUCACCCCAUUCGGCUGACGACCUCAUUCACAUGGUGAAAUCGGCUAGUGAACAAGCUAUGGCAAAUUACAUCCCUUUUGCAGAUCUCAAGAACGUACUCGGGAUGGUUGGGAAGUCACAUUCAUUGUGCGAGAUAAUGGUCACAUACCACGCAUCAGAUCUGCAGGGUCCAAAUCUCACAGGAGUUGAUGCGUUGGGAAUUCCAGUCCAACCAAAAGGCGUCAAAUUCCCGCUAAUGCUAGAAUUUUCUGAGUUCCCCGAAAGUAUCGGGAUCGACUUGGCUUACGAUUCGCACGCCAUUGACAACGCCACGAUGGAUGAAUUCGAAGUUCAACUGAUGGCUGCGUUCCGAUACUUGGCCGAUGAAACAUGCUCCAGCACAUGCACGACCUAUCCUCCCCGUUUGUUCCCUCUGAUUUGGAGUCAAAAAGAUACAAACACUGUUGCUCCUAUCAGCGAGGACCAGGAAAUGAUAGAUCUCGUGCGUGAAGCAAUGGCCGAAUGUGUUGGGCUGAACCGCUGUGACAUAAGCUGCUCUCGGUCCUUUUUCGAACUUGGUGGAUCAUCGGUCGACUGCCUGAGGCUACAGGACAGGCUCAUAAAAUCCGGUGUAUCGGUCUCUCUUAGUUCAAUCAUCCACUUGCAAACAGCCGAGCUGAUUGCAGGCGCUAUGGAGAAUGUAAACAAUCGUUGUAUACACAGAUUUACGAUGACUGAAAGACCCAAGGAUAUUCCAGAAGACAAGCUUGUGCUUUAUGUGGUCAAGGCCACUCCAACGUCUACCGCAAAUACGGUAAAACCGUUGAUAGUGAUGAAUGAGCUUUCCAUUGAUCACGAAAUCUACGUGGUACCAAGUCCCACUAGAGAUGAAUGGUUCCACCAAAUCAACCCGCACAAGAUGGUGCCCGCAAUAGAAUCGGCGGAAACACGCGACGGGAAGCGCCUCAACAUAUGGGAAAGCACCUCUUGCUUGACAUAUCUGACAGACGCCUAUGAUCACGAGGGUUUAUGGAAGGGAUCUGAUCUUUGGGAAAGAACUCAAGUCAACAACUGGUUGACCUUGCACACAGCCGCACUCGGGGCCACGGGGAAAUACUGGUUAUAUUUUAGCGCUAUCCAUCCCGAGAAGAUUCCUGCAGUCAUCGAGAAGUUAGCAAAUAACAUCAAAGUUCAGUACGAUAUCCUGGAACGUCGACUCUCGGAGAAGGGCCAGAAAUACAUUGCUCUACCUGACAGACCGACAAUUGCAGAUGUGGCAAACUUGCCCUUUGUGACCGAGGAGCUCGCGCUGAAGGCAGGGCUAAGAUUAGGUGACUGGCCCAAUCUUCAAGCAUGGAGUGAGAAGAUGUUGGCAAGGCCCUCAGUUCAGAAAGCAUUAUCUCAAGUUCAGACCUUCGGUCAUGAUUAG